GGCGUAGUCAGACGUUUAAACACGGCACAAUUAUUACGAAGCCGCCGUGACAGACAGCAGACACUUUUGCCGUGGAUUCUUCUUACUGAUCCAUGCCGUCCAACGUGGAGUUGAAAGCCCGGCUGGCUGACCGGUCCGGUCUGCUGGAACGCGUUCGCCCCAUGGCACGCUCGCACUCGGCGCUGCGCCAGCAGGACACCUAUUUCGGUGCAGUGCAAGGAAGGCUCAAACUGCGGUGGCAGGAGCUGCUCGCCGACAACGGAGAUGUCCAGAAGGAGACCGCCACGCUGUACUUCUACGACCGGCCUGACACGGAGGGACCAAAGCGCAGCGACUACGACUUCCUCCAGUUCUCCACCGUUGAGGAGGCACUUGUGCUGAAGAGACUGCUGUCGCGAAGCAUGGGUGUGCGUGGCGUGGUGCGCAAGAGGCGGGACCUCUUCCUCGUGGGCCAGACGAGAGUGCACGUGGACACCGUCGAGGGUCUCGGAGACUUCGUCGAGCUUGAGGUUGUGCUGGAAGAGAAGCAGACGACAGAAGACGGCCAGACCAUUGCCAAGGGUCUUUGCGAGGAACUGGGCGUAGACACCGGUAGCCUCAUCUCUGGCUCGUACAUCGACAUGCUGCCUCAACAGACUCUCUGGGAAUAAAAUUCACUUUGCAGUGAGCCAC